AUGAAAAAUGGCGGAGCUACAAUUCGAAGCUCCGCUUGCUAAAUUUGAAAACGAAGACUGGAACGAAUAUAAUGAAUUUCAAGGAGUAACAGACAUUCAAAAUUCAAACAAAGACUAUGAAAAAAGAAGAGGAGUAGAUGUGACCGAUAAUGGUGGUUCAGACAAUUUUGUAGACACAUUUUCAGGAUCGCUUGAGGAUUUGGUUCAUACAUUUGAUGAAAAAAUUACCAAGUGUUUUCGAAAUUUCGAGGAGAAUGUUGAUACAAUUGCACCUGUACAAAUACGAACUCAGGAAGAAAUAAUGAGUGAUUGCCAAAUGUGGUGGACAAUCACGGGGAACUUUGGUAACAUCCUUCCAAUAGACUGGUCAAAAUCCUAUGCAAGGGAGCUGCAUACAAAAGUUCUAAAUCUUGGAGAGCGUAAGGAAUGUGUGACCCCUAAUCUUGAUCUGUCUGAUGAUGAGGAGCUGGCCCAGGCCUUCGACAUGCAUUCCCUCAUUGUUAGCAGUCUGACACAAAAUGACUCUGACCACGUGGAAACGGCCGAGGAAGUCAUCAGUGAAAUCGAGUGCAUGAUGCAGGACCCACAGCAGGAGAAUCCAGCCGAGCUUUACCCCAUAGAGACUGUACCUUAUACUACAAUCAAAGAUUCCCUCCCCUCCUACUCGGAAGCAGAGCUGAAGGGAAUGUCGAAUACAAAGCUGAAUGAGGUCCUAGCAGAGUAUGAGUUGAUCAUCAAAGAGCUAUCAGAGACGUUGAUCCGGGAACUGGCCCUGCGUGACGAAUACGAGUACGAUAAGGAGUUGAAGAACCAGUUUAUCUCUCUGCUCCUCACCAUACAGAAACGCCGCAGGGAGAGCAAUCUUGACAAAAAGAAGAAGAAAAACAAACCAGCUCCACCAACUUCCAGUGUAAACAAUAAUUUGACAAGUCCAGACGGCCCUAAAACUUUCCUUACGACAGUAAUCCCCUACCACACAUUUGAAGGCCCACCAAGAUCUGAACAACUUCAAAUAUACAUUAAAAUACUACAGGCCAUAAAUGAAGACAGUCCAACAGUCCCCACACUUCUGACUGACUACAUCUUGAAAGUUCUGUGCCCUACAUAAGAGCUGUGUGGAUUAGAUGAGCACUCCGUAUGAUACAUGCCUAGCCAUUUUGUAUAUACAGCCAUGAUUUCCGUGACACUGCCAACAGCGUUCUCUCAACUUGUUUUUAUUUCCGGAGCACUUCAGCGCGACAGGUGUGAUGUUGUUUUCAUGGCAGCUCAGCGAUUCAUAUUCAGCUUGUUUUCCCCCAUGCAUUAAGAUUGUACAUACAGGCAUUCUUUGUAUGCUUUAAUGCUAAUUAGUCUAUACCCUAAAAUAGAUUAUAUGUUCAUUAGCAUUUUCACCCAAAGCAUUAGUCAACAUCAUUUAGUGCAAAGGCAAUUCAAAGGUCAUAUUCUCUCUAAAUAAUUUCAAAAUGAAUUUAAGAUUUUAUGCUGUCUGUGUAUAACACUGUAAGGCUGGAGCAAAGCACACAAGAUGUUCUUGCUGUGGUGGAAAAAAUGUGGCAAAAAAAGUGGCCGAGCAUCUUGUCUUUUUUCAGGAUUUCUUGGGUAAUAAUGUUUAGAAGCUUGCUUGAUUAACCAACACCCAUUGUAUUGCUAGUACAGACAGUUUUUAUCAGAAUUCAGUAAUAACCUAUAAAUUUCAUUAGUUUCUUAUUAAUAAGAACAUUCUUUUAUUUAUUAAAAAGGGUUUGACUGCCUGUUAAUUAUAUAUUUCAAUCAGAAUAUAAUUAUAUGUAAGGAUUCUUAUGCCAGGAUCAUCGUUUAGGUGUAAAUCCCCAAAAAAAUAUUCAAGACAUGCAUGUUUCAAUAUUAAGUACCAACUUGUAUAUUUCAGAAGAAAUCUUAUUUUAAUGCAUUUUACGCAGGAAGCAUAUUAUGCUGAUUCCACUUUUCUGUAUACUACGGUAUGUCUGUAAUAUAUAUGGAUGUGCCGAUUAAUUGUGCUUACCUGUUGAACUUUGAUAAUCCAAAAUAUAUUUGUUUACCUUAUAUGUAUUUGCCUGACCACCCCAUGAUUUCUUGUUACCUUUUCUAUUCUCUGUAAACUCGCUUGACUAAAGAAUAUUGCCUAUAUGUAAAAUGGUCAAUCAUAUAUGGCUGUAUUAGCAAUAUGGGCGAACAAGGAUUGGCGAUUUACUGAAGGUCAAAACUGACCUCCAUCAAUCACCCUUAGCCAUAUUUGAAAUCUAGUCCCAUGAAACAUGGAAACACCAGCACUGUCAGCAUUGAAGCUAUCAUCAGACAUUAUAAUUAUGUUGUUAUCCAAAGUUUUUUGUAGUAUUAAAAUUUUUAAAUUGUGGCCUUGAUGACAAACUUAUGAUAACCGGAAAGAUUAUGAGGAGUGACUUUCAACAAACAAUAUAGGGUUGGAGAAUUAAAGUCCUACAAUUAUAACACCAUGGCAUAUUAUGCUAAAUAUUGAAUAUAUUAUGACUUUUCAAUCUUAACUGAUCAUGUGGUUGUUUUCUUUGAAGCAUACUGUAAAAGUGGUAGAUGUCUGAAUAUCGGAUUAUCAAAUAUCUGGAGAUCAAAUAUUCAGUCAGAUUCUUCUGAAAUUGAGUACAUCUUGGUCAAAGAAAGCUGUCUUAUCAUGAAGAAUCUUUUUGACCUUAAUAUCCAGCAGAUUUUAAACAAGUUUAGAUUCAUGUCAAAGAGGUUGAAAGAUUUCAUAGGUUGUUUUUCACCAAAACAUGAUCAGCAAAAGGCUUUGCUCUGGGUAAUAAUUUACAUGAUCAAUGUUAGGUUUGAGUGGCAUUGAAAAUGUCGUGAUUAAUUUAAAGCCUCUCUGUGUUUUAUUAAUAUUUUUAAACUUUAUCAAGCUGAACUUCAUAAUCCCAUGGAUUUAUCUUCAUUUAAUUCCUUUCAGAUCUGUUCAGUUACAUCAAUAAUUCAUAAGUAAAAUAUAUAAUAAACAUCUAAAAAUAGAAUGUGAAGCAACCCUGUGCAUGUCGAGUUAUAUCCCAAGAUGAUAAACCGAAAGGCUUGGGUUUAUUUAUCAAAUGCGGAGAAGUUUCACUUCCAAUUCAUGGUGACUUUUCCCGUUUAACCUAUCUUUUAUUUUUCCCUAAAACUCACGUUGAUUUUGCCUAAUUUGGGCUUCUAAUACGUGCCAUUCUUCAAAACAAACCAGUUUGCACAUGCGUGUAUGACAUAUUUUCGGUGGUGCAUAUGCUUAUAUAAAGUGGCAUACCGCAUUAGAGAUUCCCUGUAGUCAGUGGGUAGUUUCCCAUUUUAAUUACAAUUCUAACAUUAUAUCAUCAUUUUAUUCUAUUAUAUUUUUGUAGUUGUAUCAAAAUGUAUGUUAUGAAAACAUAGAGAGGCUUUAAAGCUUGUUGAGGCUGUUGAAGCCUGUCAUUAUGUUCUGUAAAUAUUUUUUUUCCCUCUUUGUAAUUGCACACACUACAUGGAUUUGUGCAAUGUGAAGUACCUACAAUAUUAUGUAUGUGUUUAAUAUUGUCAAAUAUAGAGUUUAUGCCUGUGUACAGUAAAACCUAGAUAUACUGCCACCAUUUGUCAAGCAAAAUUUUUGGCAUUAUAUGUUAGACUUGGCAAAAUAUGGAAGAAGAUCUAAACAAAUAAGUAAGGUGACAAAUGAAAUGUGGGACCUACCCUCUGCAUUAUAUCAAGAUUUUACUGUAUGUUUUAUUUAGAGUGAAAAAUAAUUAUAUAUGUGUACUUGAUAUUCAAUAAUGAUAUUGUCAGUUAGCUUCAUGCUAUGUUACCAAGUAUAUAGAUCUAUUAUGUACAUGUAUGUAUAUAUAUAUAUAUAGUAUCUAUGGGCAAUGUGCAAAUAAGUAUCAUAUCCUUGUGCAGUGUUAAUUUCCGUAAUACAAAUAACAUAUAUUACGUAUGAUACUCGGUCUAUAAGAAAUCAAACUUUGAUCAACACUGAUUUAUCACUUUUUUAUAUGCUAGAUAUUUCGUAUGUUUUUUACACCUGCGUUUUAGCAAAACCAUAUUGUUUGUACAGUGAUAUUUGCUUUAUUGUGUGAUUUUGUUAAGUCCAGUAAUCUAUCAGAUCACACACACAUGCUUGGAGUAUUUAUAGUUAAUCAAAUGUUUAUAGUAUUAAAAGCUUUGUAUUAAUUUCUAGGUGUUGUGGAAAUCCUGUGUGUUGUACAAGGUUUAUCUUAGUCAAGAGAAAAUAAAUCUAUUAAAGACAAGGUAUAUCAAUAUCAUACUACAUAUAUGUUACUGACUUUAAAUAAGAGUAUCAAUAACUAUAAAUGUAUCCUAGAGUAUGUGCCAGUGUCAUCAUCAUUUAUUAAUGUCCCUCCUGUAAAACAAGUAAAUAUAUAUAGCUAUGAAGAUUACCCUAUAUAAGUAAGAACUCAACAUUUUUAUUUUAUUAUUACCUCCGUUGAUUACAAUUGUAUUUUAAACUUUUAUGAAGUGUUGUCAUAUACCUAAAACAGUGCAUAUGAACAAGUAAAUUUGUGUUUUUAUGACUCGGAUGAACCAUAAUUUCAAUGAUUAUUUAUUUUGUUUGUUUGCAGCUAAGGUUGUGCUGUUUGCAGCCUAAGGUUGAGCUGCACAUUUCAGUUAAAGCAUGUCCUGUAUUCGUUAAUCUUAUAUACCAGAAUCAACUUUUGAUACAUCAACUGAAACAAGAAUUUGUAUCAGUGAUCAAAAACAGUUGAUAAAAACCACAAGAACACCCAGAAAUAUUCUAAGUUGUGUAGAAGUUCAUUUUAAGGAUAUGACAUCUGUAUUAAAAACAAAACAAAAAACUGUAGAACAUCCAUUUUCUUAAUCAACUAUUCAAACAAGGAGUUUUGAACCUACUAGCUCUAAAUACAUCUACAGUGAACAAUGUCUUCUUAUAAAAGAAAUAAAUACUCCGGUUAUGCUUGUUAAAGAACAAAUAGAAUUGAUGUCCUUUUAAACGGGAUUUUUUUUUUGUAGUGUGCUAACUACGAGUGCACUGCAACCAGCUUUAGUAAUCAGGUGGUUUUCUUCACCUGUUGUAAUACAUUCAAGUUUACAAGCAAUGGCUGUUUACGUAUAACUAUACCAUACUAUACUAUUAGUUUGAAGUUCCGUAAAAAAGCGUAUCAUCAGUUUUCUUCACAUCAGCAUUUGAACCAACACCAUCCAGCAAAGCAUUCUCCAUCAAUGUAUGACUCCCUGUUGAUCUUGUCUCACUCUAUAUUUUUUCAGCACUACCCUCCCUUUAAAAGUUUCCUGUCAAAUGGAGCUGAAGUUUGUACAAUGAUUUCAAUUAAAAUUAGAUAUUUUGCUGACAUGGUGAUAUAGUCCUGCCGUUUCUGUAGAAGACUCGCACAGUAUAUGUAUUAAAUGCACAAGAUCUAAGAUAUUUCCUCGUAGACUGUUUGUUACAAUGUGUAAUGAAAAAGGUAUGAAACUACCUAAAAUUUUACGUGAGAAGUGUGAUUUUAUAUGUUGAAAAUUGGUAAUUAUUAUUAAGAUAUCAAUGAGUUGGCAGAACACAUUCGGCUGUAACUCCUUAAUUACGAUUUUUACUGUGAAAACAAAACAAUUCUUAAAUUCAUAUAUUCAGUGUUAGUGUCAUUUCCUUGAAACUGAUAGACAUAUUUAUCAUGUGAUCCUUUGACUGUAAUAGUGAAUGAUUUUUAAAUGCCUACAAAGUUUGUAUUUUCAUGGAAUAUCAGUAUUGGGGGAGAUCAACAGGCAUACUUUCAUUCAAUUUGGUUAUUUAUUAAUGGUGGUAGAUUUAACCAAUUCAAAUUGCUCUGAAGAGUUUUUUUCUUCAAAUCUUCAGAUUAAUAUGAUUGGUAAUUUCUGAAAAAAGAUUUUCAAUGCAUUCAACUGUGUCAUAAUAUGUUUCGGAUAUCUUUUUAAAAGACUGAAUGAGGAAAAAUACAAUUCAAAAGAUUGAAUGAGGAAAAAAACAAAUUUGAUAUGAAAAAGAUUUGUAGCAAUGAACUGAAAUAGAUUACAAUGUUAAAGCUUAAGUAUUUGAGUUUGUAAAUAAAGAAAGAUGAUAUGAUGGUGGGAAUCCCGUUACCUGUGGAGUCAAAGUAAUUAUCAAUUCACACCAAUUGUAAUGUAUGAUGUGUGCGAUGUAUUUGUGAGAAGUGUUUAGUGUUUCUGUCUGAUUCCAGACAGUUAAAAGUAUAAUGUUCAAGAUGUAUAUAUAUAGUUUCCACCUAUUUGUGUACUUGUGUUCUUUUGUGAAAUCACAUAGUUUAUUGAUGUUAUUGAAUAACUGAUUGAUUGAUUUUAUUGCUUUCAAGCUGAUACCACCUGCUGAAUAAUCAAAUAACUUUUUUAAGAAAAAAGGAAAAUAUUUCUUCUCAUUAUUUGGCGAAAUAUUCACAUUCAUAUUCCCAGCUAUACUAGUUCCAAUGUUUACAAAAUAUAUAUACAUGUAUAUAAUCAAAAUGUAUUUAUGCUUUUUCUCCUCUGAAAAUAGUAUCCUGCAAGAACUGUCAAAAUGUUUCCUACACUUGAAAAGGCAUUGUUUGAUACAAAGUUGUUAUUGGAUGGUAUAUUUACAGUUUACUAGUUGGCUUUUUUUGGUGGCCAGUGAUAUUAUGCUUUAUACAGCGUUAGUGCUAGGUUGUGCAAUUGUAUGAUGUGCAUUAUAUAGGUAUUAUGACACAUUACGAUCACCCUUUGUCUGUCAACCAUCAUGCAUCCAUUAACGAUUGGCAUUUUCACCUCAAAACCAACAAACAAUUUGCAGGAACCUUGCUUUGUCAAAGAUACACUACAAUUGUAAAUUAUAUUGUAACAAACUUUUUCACACUUUCAGGGCUCUUGAAGGGUGGUGCCAAAAUGUCAAAUUUCUUCUUCAGACCUCUGCUCGAAUCAAUCUUAAAUCUGCAUUCUUGGUACCGGAUACUUUAAUCAAUAGGAUGCACAUCUGAAUUGUAUACGGCUAAAGAUAAACAAACACCUGUUCUGCUAACUAGGACAAUUCAGCACAGAUUUGAUUUAAAACAUUCUUAACAAGGUGAAACAUGUAUGUAACAUGAAAUAGUUCGAUAACCGUUGCAUAAAUUUAUUUUAAAUGCACAUUGUUAGGUACUUUGUGAUUGUGAAGUAUUAAUAUUAAUUUCUGGUUGAAGUGCGAGCAUAAAGUCCCAUGGUUUUCUGUCUCAGUUUGAUUAGAAUACAUCAUUGUUUCGUGUAGAUCAAGGAAGAGCACUCUUAUUGUGCCAUGAAACGUGUAGCCAGUUUUUUUCUAUGCUUUUUUCCUUGUGAAACUUAUGCAGGUAUUGUGAGAAAUAUUUGUGUAUUCAAUGUGAAAUAAUGAUUUUAAAUCGGUAAAUAGAAAUAAAAAUCUUGAACUUAAA